AUGGAGGACCCCGUCUGGAGGCCCCUUGGACCUGCCAGCGGGUUUGAGAAGGGAGGCGAGAUGGAGCAGAUGGAGACGAGUCUACACUUUGCUUCCGCAGCUGCACUACCCACAGCUGCCGCCACCCCGUCGAUGGCCCUCGCAUUCAAUUUGGAAGAGAAAAAUAAAUCAGCGUCGGACUGGUCGCAGCAGCAGCAGCAGCAGCGGCAGCAGCUUCCCGCGAGCGGGGUGCAACCCCGGCUCAGGCCGGGCGUUCUCUGCCUGCCGGUGGCCGAGGGCGGCCAGGGUCUGGUGGACGUCGCCGCCAGGGUCACGAGUUUCAGGCUCGUGGCAGUCAGGCGGCUGCUGUACGACCGGGAGGAGCUUCCCUGGAAGUCGCCGGCCCUCGCCCUGCUGAGGAAUGCAGGGGGGUGCCUGGGGUACGGAAAGGAGCUCUUCCAGAUGGACCUGAGCCUGGUCGACUACACGAGGCUGCCAGCGAUGCGUCCGUCCCGCUCGGCGCGCCUGCUGUGGCUCUCGCUGGCGGUGGCCUCCGUCUGCGCGUCGCUCCUCCCGCGCGGCGGCGCCGCGUGCGGCCCGGGGCGCUCGUUCGGCCGCCGUCGGCAGGCGCGGCGCCUCUCCCCGGUGGCGCUGCGCCAGUUCGUGCCGCACGCGGCCGAGAGGACGCUGGGCGCCAGCGGGCGCGCCCAGGGGCGCGUAGCACGCGGCUCGGAGCGGUUUCGCGCCGAGCUGAGCCCCAACUACAACCCCGACGUCGAGUUCAAGGACGAGGAGCGCACGGGAGCCGACCGCCUCAUGACGCAGCGCUGCAAGGACCGUCUCAACUCGCUCGCCAUCUCGGUGAUGAACCAGUGGCCCGGCGUGAAGCUGCGCGUGACCGAGGGCUGGGACGAGGACGGCCACCACUCGGACGAGUCGCUGCACUACGAGGGGCGCGCCGUGGACAUCACCACGUCGGACCGCGACCGAGCCAAGUACGGCAUGCUGGCGCGCCUGGCGGUCGAGGCAGGCUUCGACUGGGUCCACUACGAGUCCAAGGGUCACGUGCACUGCUCCGUCAAGGCCGACGACUCAGCGGCCGCGCGCGCCGGUGGCUGCUUCCCAGGCGCCGCUCGCGCCCUCCUGGAGGACGGCCGCGCACGCCGCGUGGGCGACCUGCGUCCGGGCGACCGCGUCCUCGCCGGGGACCCCGCGUCGCCAGCGCGCGGCCCCUUCUUCAGCGACUUCGUGGCCUUCCUGGAUGCGCGGCCGCGGGAGCGCGCGCGCCUCGUGGCCGUCGAGACGCUGCGGCCGCGGCGCUCGCUGCUGCUCACGCCGGCGCACCUCCUCUUCGCCGCCGAGUCGCCCGCGGGGCCCUUCGCGGCGCGCUUCGCCGGCGGCGUGCGGGCGGGCCACUACGUCUACGUGACCGCGAGGCGGCUGCUCCGGGCGGCGCGCGUCGAGCGCGUGCGGGAGGCGGCGCUGCCCGCGGCUCUGUACGCGCCCGCCACGGCGCACGGCACCAUCGUGGUGGAGGGGGUCCUGGCCUCGUGCUACGCUGCCACGGAGCGCCACGAGCUGGCCCACUGGGCCCUGGCGCCGAUGCGCGCCGCGCUCGCGCUGCGCGGCCUCCUCCCGUCGCCGCCGGGGCGCGGGCCGGACGCGGCGGCGCCGCCCGCGAACUGCAGCGGCGGCUGCGGCGGCGGCGACGACGGCGGCGGUGACGGCGGCUGUGGCGGUCUGCACUGGUACCCGGCGGCGCUCUACACGCUGGGCCGGUGGCUGCUCGGGGACGAGGCUCUGCACCCCCUGGGCAUGGUGGAGGAUCCCACAUGAGCAGGGACGGCAGCAGCAGCAGCAGCAGCAGGGUGACAGUUGUGCAGGAGAAGGAUUGUGAUGGUAGGAGGUGGAUGAUGAUGUUGUUGAUGGUGGUGAUGAUGAUAGAGGAAGUUGUUGAUAACCCUCGGUUGAGUGACUGAGGAUGUCAGGGUUGGGCUGCGUAGUGUUUGACGGACCCCUGGCAUACAGGGGGGCAGUGUUGCUCUCUGUGUGUCUCCGUUUCGCCCCCCCCCCCCCCCUCGUUGAGUUGGAGCGGCAAUUAGAGCAUUGUGACGUCAUCGUAGCCCCACAGGCGACGUGGACAGGGCCGCGCAAUAUCCUAGAAGCUCAACGGCACGUGGAGCGAAACGUCAGACAAAGCUGGAGCACGAAAUUAAACUAAUUUUCAGCAACAGUUGCUUUUGAAAACUCUUUAGAGUAAAAACAAACGCGGAGGCGCCGCGGUGGCGUUGAGAUGUUAACUCCCUCGCCUGGUAUGCAGGAGGUUGUCGGUUCGAUCCCGAAAAUGACGCCUGCUGCUGUAUAUUUGAAGUUUGUGGUGUGUCUCUCGCUCCCCGUGGUAUCGUAGAUUUUUCUCCGGGUCCUCAGGAUUUUCCUUCAUGGAGCCCGGCUGUAAACUUCACAGGGCCCGGCUGUGAAGUUCACAGGACAGGGCUGUAAACUUCACGGGACCCGGCUGUGAACUUCACGGGGCCCGUGUGUGAACUUCACGGGGCCCGGCUGUGAACUUCACGGGGCCCGUGUGUGAACUUCACGGGGCCCGGCUGUGAACUUUACAGGGCCCGGCUGUGAACUUUACAGGGCCCGGCUGUGAACUUUACAGGGCCCGGCUAUGAACUUCACGGGGCCUGGCUGUGAACUUCACGGGAACCGGCUGUGAACUUCACGGGGCCUGGCUGUGAACUUCAUCGGGCCCGGCUGUGAACUUCAUGGGGCCCGGCUGUGAACUUUACAGGGCCCGGCUGUGAACUUCACGGGGCCCGGCUGUGAACUUCACGAGACCCGGCUGUGAACUUCACGGGGCCCGUGUGUGAACUUCACGUGGCCGGCUGUAAACUUUACUGGGCCCGGCUGUAAACAUUACAGGGCCCGGCUGUGAACUUUACAGGGCACGGCUGUGAACUUUACAGGGCACGGCUGUGAACUUCACGGGGCCUGGCUGUGAACUUCACGGGCUCUGGCUGUGAAGUUCACGUGGCCGGCUGUCAACUUUAUAGGGCCCGGCUGUGAACUUCACGGGGCCCGGCUGUGAAGUUCACGGGGCCGGUUGUGAACUUUACAGGGCAUGGCUGUAAACUUCACGGGGCCCGGCUGUGAAGUUCACAGGGGGCCCGGCAGUGAAGUUCGCGGGAACCAGCUGUGAACUUCAUGGGGCCUGGCUGUAAACUUCACGGGGCCGGCUGUGAACUUUACAGGGUCCGGCUGUAAACUUCAUGGGAACCAGCUGUGAACUUCACGGGGCCCGGCUGUGAACUUCACGGGGCCCGGCUGUGAACUUCACGGGACCUGGCUGUGAACUUCACGGGGCCCAUGUGUGAACUUCACGUGGCCGGCUGUAAACUUUACUGGGCCCGGCUGUAAACUUUACAGGGCCCGGCUGUGAACUUUACAGGGCACGGCUGUGAACUUUACAGGGCACGGCUGUGAACUUCACGGGGCCUGGCUGUGAACUUCACGGGGCCUGGCUGUGAACUUCAUCGGGCCCGGCUGUGAACUUCACGGUGCCCGGCUGUGAACUUUACAGGGCCCGGCUGUGAACUUUACAGGGCACGGCUGUGAACUUCACGGGCUCUGGCUGUGAAGUUCACGUGGCCGGCUGUCAACUUUAUAGGGCCCGGCUGUGAACUUCACGGGGCCCGGCUGUGAAGUUCACGGGGCCGGUUGUGAACUUUACAGGGCCUGGCUGUAAACUUCACGGGGCCUGGCUGUGAAGUUCACGGGGCCCGGCAGUGAAGUUCGCGGGAACCAGCUGUGAACUUCAUGGGGCCUGGCUGUAAACUUCACGGGGCCGGCUGUGAACUUUACAGGGUCCGGCUGUAAACUUCAUGGGAACCGGCUGUGAACUUCACGGGGCCCGGCUGUGAACUUCAUGGGGCCUGGCUGUGAAGUUCACGGGGCCUGGCUGUGAACUUCACGGGGCCCUCUCAAAAACCCAAAACGAUGAACGGCCAGCAAUUAACAGUACUGCCAUAUUAUCAAAGUUGUAAUCGAUAAGAGAGAAGCAGGUAUCUUGAAUUGAGGCUAUUAGUGUGCGAGCUUGGAGGAAAGAGAUGAUGAUGACGAUGAUGAUGGAGAUUGGUUAUGAUGAUGGGAAGGAGUGAAUUCCAUGGUGGUGCAAUUUUGCUCACUGUGGUAGUGCCAAGUUGUCUCAUCAGUAGGGGGCGAUGAUUCCUGUAGGUUUGUUGAACCCCCCACGCACUGAACGUAGCCAACCGCGCUCAUUGGAGGUGUGGGGGAAGGUCAACAAUGGGUUUCUCUAUGAGUCUAUGGGUCUCUGUGAUAGUCUAUGUAUGUAUUUUGAACUUAUUCCACACCGUACAUAGCCAACUGCGCCAAUCGAAGGUGUGGGGAUGGACACAUUACUAAAAAAAAGCAGUUAUAUAUAAAAAAAAUAGUUUUCAAUCUAGUUUUAAAAAUGCGCUGUUGUGUGUUGACAAUUGCAGCUGCACUACAAAGGAAACAUUUAUAUAAUAGACGUUUCGGGCGGCCGGGCUCCUUCAUGCCUGUGAUAUAAAGAAGGGCCAUUACCCGAAACGUCAUCUGUCAUAUAUUUUAUUUUUAUUUGAAAGCCACAGUGUUAUCAUUGACGAAUACGUGAGCUGUUCUUGUAGUUUGCUGUGCUUGUACACCACUGCCAACGCAGCAGCGGCAUCACCAGGCAGAGUGAUUUAUAUUGCAACCGUAGGCGCCACGGGUGGCUAGGAGAUGUUGACUACCUCGCCUGGUACACAGGAGGUCGUGGGUUCCAUCGCAACCCUAACCCCUGCUGUAUAUUUGGAGUUUGCGUGUGGCUCGUAGAUGUUAACUACCUCACCUGGUACACAUGAGGUCGUUGGGUUCUAUCCACACCCUGACGCCUGCUGUAUAUUUGGAGUUUGCGUGUCUCUCUCCCCGCGGUCGCGUGGAUUUUUCCUCCGGGUCCUCCGGUGUUUCAGAUACUCUCAACGUACGCUCAGAGUAUGUGGCUGCCACUGCAAGUUUUCCACGUGAUGACGACAAGCCACUUCGCCGAGCUAUCAUUUGUGAUAGCCAGGUCGCUUCCGAAUAGAGCUGCGUGGAAGCUCAGGGGUGGGCCUCAAUCGGUAAAAUACAAAACAGUUGUAGGUGCGGCCUCCAAGCUCGGACGACCCGGGCGCGCCACACACACAGUCGUGGCUCGCCCUUUGCGAACGCCGUCACGCGGUCUCUAAUGUCGACUGCGGGAGGCCAGACGCGGCGAUGAAGAAGGCAGUGCCGCUCGAGGCGACGGCUCGCUGGCAGAGGCGGCCUGCCCAGGGGCGUCUCGCCGAGGGAGCCCUUGGGUUGUCGGAGACGGGGCACGGGCUGUGGCUCGUGAGGGCCGCACCGAGAGUCGCGGCACUGCCUGUCAGACGACGUGUAAUGAGUUGCGCUCACUGUUGUUAUUGUUAUACACGUGAAAAGGAAAGCUUAACACGUAGUUGUAGUAAUAGUUAUAGGGCUUUGCAAAAAAAAAAUGUCAUCCGCAAUAGAUUGUCGUUUCGGGUCAAGUCACGUAAAUAUCAAUGCGUCAAUAAACCCGGCACCACCCGACACAGACAA